CACAAAGCGAAAACGCUGGUGGCACUGCUGGUCGCGGACUUGUCGACGAAUUGUACCGAGCGCUACAAGCAUAAGAAGCCCCAGGAACAAAUCCCACGUCGCUCCAUCCAUCUCAACGCAGUCCACCCACGCCGCACCCCAUGGACGCCAUGUCAGAUUACGAAAAAAUGGCGCGGCAGGCGGCGGAAGAUGGGUAUGUUUGCCCGCCCUGCAAAACCUUUUACCCUACCCCGGACGAGUUUUUAAACCCACUGCAGUACAUCGCCAGUAUCCGCGCGGAAGCGUCGGCUACGGGCAUCUGCAAGGUCGUUCCGCCUCCGGGAUGGCGGCCGCCCUUUGCCGUCAAUGAGAAGAAAUUCAAGUUCCGCACGCGGCUGCAACCGUUGAACUACAUCGAGGGCAACGCACGACAAGAAUCUACAUUUAUGGAGAAGUUACGUCUCUUCCUCUAUCGCAAUGGAACCCCCAUGGAGCAGACACCAGUGCUGGACGGACUGGGCGCGAAUCUCAGCACUUUGUACAAACUCGUGUGUGACAUGGGCGGCUUUGAUGUAGUGGAGAAAGCGUCUGCGUGGUCCCGCGUCGUGCAGACCCUCAGCGAAGUGACAGACUUGGCGCCCGCGGCCCCCACCAUCGACGACGACGUGCGCGCGCUGUAUGCCACGUACUUGCUUCCCUUGGAAUUGUUUGAAGCGACCAAAUCGACUAAAAUCGAACCUACCAAAGCCGACCCCACGCCACUUCCACGUACGGACACUGGAACCCCCGACGCAACCAAACCAUCCCUGCCAGACCUGCUGGCGGCCCCCGUAAAACGAGGCCGCGGCCGUCCUCGAAAGGCAGACGCAGCAGUGCGCGCUAUCGCUCCCCGUGUCCCCAGUACGCCCCCCCCUCCUCCGACCACUGCCGACGGCGACUUGACGACCCCCACCGUCUUCCCCGGCUUCAUCAAGCGAGGCCGCGGCCGACCUCGGAAAGCCGACAGCUUGGCCAUGCGACUGCUCGGCGCCGACGCCCAAGUGCCCGUGGACCCUACCCUGCUGGAAACGUCUGCGUUGGCAGUGGACCCCCUACGAACCUGUCGGCUGCCUCCUCCGAGUGUGCGCGUGGGCCAAAAGUUCUACCGAUGCAUCGUCGCUGGCACGGCCGUGCUCGGGGAAGUGAAGCGCGUGCUGCCGGGAAAGAAACCGAUGGUGGUCGUGGAGUAUCCAGAGGGUGUGCGAGACACGUUGUCGUAUGGCACGAUGCAACUGAUUCUAGCCAACGGCAGCUCGAGUGACUCGGCGCAGUUGGCGUUGAACAGUCGGAUUUGCCAGUAUUGUUUGCGAGGGGACUGCGAUAGCCAGAUGCUGCGCUGCAGCGGGUGCAGCGGCGGGUAUCACACGUUUUGCCUAUCGCGUCCGAUCGCUAGUGUGCCCCCGGGCGACUGGUACUGCGAGGUGUGCAUUGCCGAGCAAGUGGCGCAGAAACCCGAGAAAUUCGGGUUUGAAACAGGCGCAGAACACACGCUCGCAUCGUUCAAAGCCAAAGCGGACGCAUGGCAGCUUGCGUACUUUGCGACGCCGCCGUCGGUCCAGCAGCUCGAAGCCGAGUACUGGCGCGUGGUGACCAAUCCCGACAAGAAGAUCCAAGUGGAAUACGGCAGCGAUGUGGACACGGGGGCGAUGGGCAGCGGAUUUCCGACGCUGUCGAAGGUCAAUAAGCUCCGAAACCGCCUCGUCGACCGCUUCAACGCCGUGCACGAGUCGCCGCAUCUGCUGGACCCGACAGACCUCGCGCUCAAGCGAGUGCUAGCCGAAGAUUUGGACAUGCAAACGGUGAAUCAAGUGCACAAAUACGCCACGAGUCCAUGGAAUUUGAAUAAUCUGCCCAAACUCAACGGAUCGAUGCUCCAGUACUUGAACGAAGACAUCAAAGGAGUGAUGGUGCCGUGGAUGUAUGUUGGCAUGUGCUUCUCCACGUUUUGCUGGCACGUCGAAGACCACAACUUUUACAGCAUCUCGUACCUGCACCGCGGCGCCCCCAAGACGUGGUAUGGCGUCCCUGGACACGCGGCGGCGAAGAUGGAGUCGGUCAUGCGCAAGUUGACGCCGGGUUUGUUUGGGUCCCAGCCUGAUCUGCACAUGCAAUUGGUGACAAUGUUUUCCCCCCAAACGCUGCAAAAGCAUGGCGUGCCCGUGUACCGAGCGACGCACAACCCGAACGAGUUUAUCAUCACGUACCCGUCUUCAUAUCACGGCGGGUUCAACAAUGGGUUCAAUCUGGCCGAAGCCGUCAACUUUGCCACGCCCGACUGGAUCGCGUGGGGCCACACGGCCGUGCAAAACUACAAAAAAUUUUCGAAAGUCCCAGUGUUUUCCCAUGAUGCGUUGCUCGUGACAGUCACGCUGGCGUCGCUCGAGGGCACGAACGCAUUGGACUCGGACAGCGUCAGAAGCUACCUCUUGCCCAGCCUCAAAACGCUGCGGGACGAAACGGUAGCCUUCUGGGACGCUGUGCGCCAGUAUGGCAUCACCAAGUCGGAAGCUAUGGACGGGUACUUGGAAUCGCAUGGGCGGUCGACGUUUUCCCGCGCGUCGGCGCGGAUCCGACUGGCGACGGCGGCCGACGAAGACGAGGACGACCCGCCGCCGCGUCCGUCGAAAAUGAUGCGCUCAGACAAGAUGGGCGGCAAGAUGAUGGCGUCCAACUCGCGCGCGGCGCGCCAAGUGCUAUGGGCGGGCCGCUCGGGCAAACACGACGGGUUGCGGUGCUCGCAGUGCCAGCAGUACUGCUACGUGGCCGCGGUCGUGUGCUUCAAGUGCCGGGCGAUCGGGUGCGCUGACCAUUUCAACUCGCAGUGCAAAUGUGACGCCAAAGCGAACGGUAUUUGGCUACACCAUGUCGACACGACCGUGCUGAGCCAGUACAUCGACACCCUCGAACGCAAGUUCCAGGACGCGCAGGCGUGGGAGGCCCGUGUGGACGGCGCCGUGACCCUGGACGACCUGACGCUCGCCGUCGCCCAAGGGGACCAGCUGAUCGCCCAACACGUGGACGUGCCCAUUCGCCGCCUUUAUCAAGAAAAGCUGGUCAUGCUAGCACUCCACAAAUGGCAAAGGCACGCCAAGCGGUGUCUCGAAACUGGCACGACGCUCAAAGAGCUCGACGAGUUGGCCCGCGAGGCCGCGUCGUUCAAGUACACGAUGCCGCAAGUCCACCAGAUCUCGACGCUCAUGGAAACCACCCGAACGUUGCAAGAGCAAGCGCAGUUGGUCGUCCACGAGAUGAAGCUGUUGAAGGCCGACAACGAACAAGGUGGCGAUGCAGACGACGACGAUGAUGGGAAUUCGAUGGAAGCAUUGCAACGAGAAGCCGCCGAAUUCGACGUGUUUGCCCAAACCAUCGAAACCCUCCUGGCCAACCUCAGGCCCGUGACCAUUCCAGAAACAGCCGCGCUGCAAACCGAUUUGGCCUACGUCAACUGGCUGCGCGCCGCUAAUGCCCUCGUCACGAAGGCGAUGGCCAACUCGUCGGCGGUGCUUUCGACCGCCACGACCCUCUACCCCACACUGGCCGACAUUGACCUCGUUUGGAGCAGCUGCCCCGUCAAGACCGUGCGGCUUCUCGACCGCGUAGCGCAUUUGCGACAGGCGUGCAUUGACGAAGGGCUCAAAUGGCACGUAACGACUGCCAACAACCCAAAAAGUGUGGAGGAGAUGGAGCGGCUGCUGCAGCGCCUGGUGCGGUUGCCGGCGUUCCCCCAGGAAGUGGUGCACCUGUUGAGCAAGUGGAAACAAGCCAAGCUCUGGACCGAGAAGGCGACCAAGGCGCUGGCGAAACCCAAACUCGGAUGGACCGACGCUCUAGCGUUGGAAGCCCAAGCCGACUCGACUGACGUCCCCAUGUCGUCGCUGCUCCGGCGGCAGCUGCACGGACGCAUCCAAGAUGGCAACCGAUGGAUCGCCCGAACCAACAGCCUCUUCAAGUGGGAAGGCAGCGCCGUCCACUCUCUCCAAGAGACGCUAGAGCGGAACGCCGUCGAGGACGAAAUCACGUCAUCCCUGAUUUGCAUCUGCGAACAAACGUAUCACGAACACGUGCCAGUGUUGCGAUGCACGGGGUGCACCACAUUAUUUCACCGCCGCUGCAUUGGGGAUGUGGUGUCGACGUCAUUUCUAUGCAAAACGUGCUGCUCGUCGCGCCGUAAGCCGUACACUGGCGGCGUAGUCGUCGACAAUCCCACCGAGGCCGUGUACUGCUUGUGCCGCACGCCCGUGGACAACAUUCCCAUGAUUUGCUGCGACUUCUGCGACGAGUGGUACCAUGCCAAGUGCAUUGGGCUGUCGCCGGCCGUGUUGAGCUCUCUGGAAGCGUACAGGUGCAACGCAUGUGCCAUCCGCCAACACAUCCCGCCCCGGCAUCCCGCGCGCCCGAACUGGAAGCAAGUUCGGGCGCACAUUGCGCGCGGUGAGUCUCUCCAGAUCCACGUGCCUGGGCUGGACGAGUUGAAGGCCCUCGUGGCCCACGGGCUCGACGUUAUCGCAGAUGUGACAGCGUUUGAACAGUCUUUUCUCGACCGGUGCGCGCUGGCCACGAUUGCGCACCGCAUGGACACAUUGGCACAGGAACUGGACGACAAAGUCGCCGCCGUCCGCCGCGUCGAGUCGCUCGUACUUCUCGACCCUGCCAAGCACAAGCUGCUUCCUCUGCAGUGGUUCUUGCACGCGUGUCGCCUGAUCUUUUGCUCGACGCCAGCCCCACGGUAUUCCCAGCUGGUGGUGUUGCUAAACGACGUGGCGCUCCACAAGCUCGAGUUUCCGACACCAGAACUGGACCGGUUUUACCGCGAGAUUGAACGCAAGCUGGCGCGGGCGGUGACGUGGGUGACCCAAGUCAAGACCAUGAACAUGAAGGCGCCCAGUUGCGAUCUCGUCGCACUCCAAGCAGAGGCCGAAGAAAUCUCCCACUUCCUCGUGCUGCCAGACGCAGCCGUGUCCAAUUUCAACCUCGCCCUCAAGUUUCACUACCAACGGUGAUACAGAAGUAUAUAUAUAUGUAUAACAAACACGUGCUAUUUACCUCUUCAA